GUUCUUAACUGAAAUGGGAUUCCUCAAACAAAGAAGAGCAAUACUUUUAUUCACCCUCUUGGUCAUUUCAUUUACUGCACAAUUUGGUGCUUCCAUAAGGCCUCGGCAUGGAGAGCAAUUAUUCAGGGAAGUUGUGCCUAAUUUCGAGUCCCUGCAGAAGGGACCAGUGCCACCAUCUGCUGGUUCUCCUUGCACCAAUAUCCCUGGUGGCUCGGGCAAAUGUGUGCUCAAUGAAAUGAACGCUGCUGGCCAUCUCAUUCGUUCUCCACCCGCCUUUCCUGGCAUUAACGUUAUAAAGUUUAAGGGUAUUACUUCCACGGAGGAAUAAUUGCAACAACUAACACAGCCAGAUUCGGCAAAUUCUUUAGAGUUAUUGUGUAAUGCAGCAGACAUUCAUACAUUAUAUGCUGAAAACUGAAACUAAACCAUUAUACCUUAAUCUCUUAAUUCUUCUUUCUUUUCGCUUCUUUUACUACUCGUUUGUAGUGCAUCCUGUAUUCCUUUUAAUUCUAUUAUCAAAUUGUUAAAUUUUUUGCAGUUCAUCUUUGCCACAUUUUUGCGUUUGCUUUGUAAAUUCUAUUCCCAUAGAAAAUUUUUCAUUUUAAUUUGAUGCAUUCAAUGCCAUUU